CUUCUUGCCAGACUUCCCGACAAACGGAGAGAACUUCGCCAUGCCUACAUUCCGCAGUCAGGAUAUUCCUAACCUCCACGGCCAGGUCAUCAUUGUCACCGGAGGCAACAUGGGUCUCGGUUAUGAGACUAUCCGCCAGCUCAGCGAGAAUAAUCCAGCGAGUAUCUAUCUCGCUGCUCGAUCCCAAAGCAAGGCCGAACAAGCCAUUUCCGAGCUCAAACACGCCAAUCCAAAGCUCACCAACAUCCAUUUCUUACAACUCGACCUUGCAUCGUUCGAAAGCAUCAAAGCAGCCGCCGCAGACUUUCUCAGUCGAGAGUCUCGUCUGGACAUCCUGAUCAACAAUGCCGGCAUCAUGAUGACCCCAGAAGGCGUCACCCAGGACGGAUACGAGAUCCAAUUUGGAACAAACGUCCUGGGCCCAGCGCUCCUCACUCAGCUUCUCCUCCCAACUCUCCGCAACACGGUAAACCUGAACAGCCAGGCCCGUAUGGUCAUGCUCUCAUCUGCCGCUCAUGCCCGGGCGCCCAGUGACGUUUACAAUUUUGACGAGCUUCGAACCACCGCGCCCCUUCGCCAUACCACUCAACGGUAUACGACGUCCAAACUCGCCAAUCUCCAUUAUGCCAAAGCGUUGGCGGAGAGGGAAACAAACGUCAAAAUCAUCCCCGUUCACCCCGGGAUGGUCGCGACGAACCUCCACCAUGCCUCGACGGGUACGUUCCUCAAACCCUUCCUCUAUGCUGCGGUCUGCCUCGCUGCAACCCCCGUGGAGAAAGGCGCGCUGUCGCAGAUUUUUGUGGCGGUGAGCCCUGAGGCGAAACACGGUCAGUACUAUGGGCCUGUUGGGAAAGCAGAAUCAGGGUCUCAGCUCGCCCAGAAUCGCGAUCUUCAGGAGGAAUUGUUUGGAUGGGUGCAGGGCGAGCUUGCAGGACAUGUCGAGACGAUUGAGUAGAGCUACCAUUUGUGUCAUGAGUAUAUUGUUAGUCGUAUAUUGUUAUGCUAUUCGAAUCCUCUCUCUUAAGCUUUAAUCGAUAUUCUGUCUAUCCUUUGCAUAUCUGCCAUUCAUGUCUAUAGUAGAUCCCCUCGCCUCGACCUCGGAGAGAUCCACUGGUCAGUGGCAAACCCCAGGCUGUUGGGAAACACCAGUCAGGAUUUUUCAUCGGAGUCAUCCUAUCUCUCAGUCAAAAAAUGACCAUACAACUAAG